AUGUCUGUCAUUCCUCCAGCUAGCGCUGUGAACAGCAUCCUUCAACUUAUGCUUGCAAACAAAGUAUCACUCUGGGACCUUGCAAAAACGGUGCUGUCAGCGCUGCAGCCAAACUAUCAGCCAAUAAAAGACUCACUUCAGCAGCAUGCAGUUGUCAUUUGCUAUCUGCUCUUCUCGUCUGUUGGAUGCUGUGAGACCGUCUUUGGCUGGGCAUUUGAAACAGUUGUUGGGGUUCUUUGUGAAGAAAUGGUUGAUCUAUCGAGCGAGCGCAUUGGCCUGCACUUCAAAGCGUCUAAAACAACAUCUACACAGCUUGAAGAUUCAUUUAUGCGCACACUUGCGCUAAAAAUCAAGAAAGUUGCACCAAAUGUGUUCAAAAUGUUGCUUGCACUGCUAGAUGCAAACCCAGGGUGCAGGCGAACAUUCUCGGUGGAAGAUGAAUAUGAGGACAAGGAGAUGAUCCUCGGUGAGUUCAGAGGGGACAACUCUGCUGUGAUCGACGAGUCAGAUUCCAAUAAAAGGAAACGUGAGAAUGAUGAAGGAAAGCAUGGAAACGGCAACAACGAGCUGGAGAAAGGAAUGCAGCACUAA